AUGGGGCCAACGAACGAUAUCACAGCUCGGGUUGAUAGUGUCGAUGAGGAUCCUACCGAGAAGAGCAACUCCGAGCUCAAUAAACGACUUUUAGCAGUUGAAUGGCAUGAAGAUGAAGAGAAACAGAUCUUGAGACGAUUGGAUUUCUAUCUAAUUCCUCUCGUCAUGAUUAUGUUCUUCACUUUGAACUUGGACAGAGGCAAUAUUUCAAAUGCCCUGACAGAUAAUAUGAUGAAGGAUCUUUCCAUGAAUCAAGAAAUUGUCAAUACAGGAAAUAGUCUUGUCUACGUCGGUAUAUGCAUUGGAGAUAUUCCCGCAAAUCUGAUGAUUCAGAAGGUUGGUGCCGAUAUCUGGCUUCCAUGUCAACUUCUCGCCUGGGGUCUCGUAGCUACUUUCCAAGCUUUCAUCAAGAACAAAUCUGGGUUCCUAGCAACACGUUUCUUACUUGGGCUAUGUGAAUCUGGAUUUAUUCCCGGCACGUUAUGGUAUCUCACAAAAUGCUACACGGCGAAUCUACUUAAUGGUCUCAUUGCAUACGGUUUGUUGCGACUUCGUGGAAGAGCAGACUUGGCAGGAUGGCAAUGGCUUUUUCUUAUUGACGGACUCGCCACUCUCACAGUAGGCAUCGCAACACUUUUCCUCCUACCCCGUGAUCCCAGCCAUGGAAACUCCAUCAUCAGACUUCCCCUCUCAUCCUUCACUCCUCGCGAAUCCGAAAUUCUCCUCGGGCGACUCGUCCGCGAUAAUCCAUACAAUACCGAUCCCCGCGAUUCCCAUCUCUCUCAAUUUCAAAUCGUAAUUUCUGUUCUCACCGAUUGGAAAGUCUGGGCGCAUUGUUCGAUGGCGUUGCUCGGAUUGGAAUACUCUCCUCCCAUUGGGACAUAUUCUCCAUCCAUCAUUAAAAGUUUUGGAUUCGGAACUUUUAAUUCGGAUUUGUUGGUUAUGCCUAAUAGUGCGCUUUUAAUUAUCACUACAUUUACACUUUCGUGGUGGAGUGAUAAAAUGAAUUCGAGAAGUAUACCGAUUAUGUUUGCUGCAGUGUGGUUACUUGUUGGUUUGAUCGUUCUCGAUACUCUCCCCCACACAAAAAGCAACUGGACCUUUUACGCCUUCCUCGUCUUCACCGGCGGUUCUCCCUCCUGGCACCCCCUCAACGUCGCCUGGCUCAACGCAAACCAACCUACCCCUCGACGACGCGCCAUCGCCGUCGCGCUAUACAUGGCGAUGACGAACUUGAGCGCCGUGCCUGCGAGUCAUAUUUUCCAGGCGAGUGAUAAACCGUAUUAUCAUAAUGGGUUUAAGGUGUUGUUUGUUAUGGCGGCCAUGGCGAUUAGUGUUAUGGUGGCGAUGAGAUUCGCGUAUGAGUGGUUGAAUAGGAGGAUUGAGGAGGGGAAGGGAACGGUGGAGGGUGGGGAGGUGGAUAGAGGGUUUAGGUAUCAGUUGUGA